AUGGGAAAGUACCAGUGGGAAGGUGAUGCCAAAGCCACGGAGGAGACCAUGGCCAGGCGCGGUGCUGGGACACCCUUCCUGCUGCGGCUCUCCUUGCUCCUGCUCCUCCGCCCGGGCGGGACCCUGGGCUGUGCCUCAGUGGCCGUGGGCUCACCCGUUGUGCCCCUGGGCUCGGCUGUCACGGCAUCCUGCACCAUCUGGAGCAAGCUCUGCCACGGCUUGGAGCAGGGGAAGGUCCAGAUCACCUGGAUGCUGGACAACGAGCCUGUGGCCGGGAGCCAGCGCCGGGGCCCGGGGGGCACAGAGGUGUCCAACCUCACCUUGCCCCAGUUCAACCGCACGCAGGCCAAGCUGUGGUGCUGGGUGGAGUGGAAUGGGACCAAGCAGCGUGUCGGCAUGGCCGAGAUCAGGGCGGGCUACCCACCUGCGAAGCCCUUCAACCUCAGCUGCGUCCUGAACCUCAGCGACUACGGGCUGACGUGCCAGUGGGAGCAGGGAGCCGACAGCCACCUCCCCACCAGCGUCGUGCUGAAGUGUGCUGGGAGCAGAGCCCAGACAGUGACGGGCUGCACCCCGCAAGGCGGCCGCAGCUGCUGCACGGUGCCACGCCGGCUGCUUCAGCUCUACCAGCAAAUGGAGAUCUGGGUGUCAGCUGCCAACGCGCUGGGCAUGGCCGAGUCAGAGCAUCUCUGCAUUGACCCCAUGGACGUUGUCAAGCUGGACCCCCCAGCCCUGCAGAGCAUCCAGUCCAUCCCCUUCCAGACCGACUGCGUCGCCCUGGCCUGGGAGGUGGCACGGAGCAACGCGCACAUGGAGCUGCAGUGCGAGCUGCGUUACCGGGCACCUGAGGACCCUGGCUGGGCUCUGGUCACCGGCAUCGAUGGCCAGGCCGGCACCACACAGUGCUGCGGCUUCCUCUUUGGCAUGCAGUACCACUUCCAGAUGCGGUGCCGGCGGAGCUUGGCACGGGGCUACUGGAGCGAGUGGAGCCUGGGCAGGAACUACACCACCCAUGAGAAAGCCCCCACGGGGAAGCUGGACACAUGGUGGAGUGCUCGGCCGGCCGGGGCGGGCGGGCAGCUGGAGGUGCAGCUGCGCUGGAAGGCCCCACAGCGGCGGGAGGCAAACGGGCGAGUGCUGGGGUACCGCGUCACCCUGAGCCCCAGGAGGAAGGGCAGGGACCCCCCCACCGUCUGCAACACCACCCACACCCACUGCAACUUCUCUGCGCCGGCGGGGACCAGGAGGGUCUAUCUCUCAGCCUACAAUGCCGCCGGUGAGUCGGCAGCGACCGAAGUCGUCCUCCUGGAGAGGAAAGGUCAGCCCCUGGCCGGGCUCCAGGCCAUGCCCGGGGACGAGCACAGCCUCUGGGUGCGCUGGGAGGCACCACCGGCCCCGGUGGCCAGCUACGUCCUGGACUGCGUCGUGGGGUGGCAGCGGGUGUCCUCGGACCCCGGCCGCUGCAGCGCCUGCUGGCAGAUGGAGCGUGACGGGGCUGCCACCGCAGCCCUCAUCCGGGGUAAGCUGGGGGCUGCCGGGGGGUCCCUGCCCUCCUGGUUGGCUGCGCGGAGGGGUGCAUACCGGGGGGCUGGCACCCCUCCCGACUGCCCCAGGACCAAACCCUGCCCCGAGCCCACUCCACACCCUCCCUCCUUCCUCUGGAUCCACUCCCGGGAUGGCAUUGAGCCUUUCCAGCGGUACAACAUCUCGGUGUACCCCCUCUACAAGGACGCCAUAGGGGUGCCCAUCCACACCACAGCCUACUCCAAGCAGAAGGCACCGUCCUACGCCCCGAAGCUCCACCUGAGGAGCAUCAGCAAGUCCAAUGCCGAGCUGUGCUGGGACCCAGUGCCCGUUGAGAUGCUGAACGGCUUUAUCACCAGCUACACCAUCUUCUGGGCCAACAGCACCGCAGAAGUGUCCAGCGCCACCGUGAAUCCCUCUCUCAGCUCCUUUGUCAUCCGGGAGCUGAAGCCCUCGACCCUGUACAAAGUGCACAUCAUGGCAUCCACGGCCGCUGGCGGCACCAACGGGACCAGCCUGACCCUGGUGACCAUGGUGCUAGACGACGCUGAAAUCCAGUUUCUCUUCCUGACCCUGGGGCUGAUCUUUGUCCUGCUCAUCCUUUUGUUCAUCUGCUUCCAGAAGAACGGGCGGGUGAAGCAGCAGUUCUGGCCCAGCGUCCCCGACCCCGCCAACAGCAGCCUGAGCAAGUGGGUGCCGGCAGAGCUGCAGCAGGUGAGACCUGGAUGGCUGCUCCCCCUGGAGCCUCUGCAGGUCCCCGGCGUGAGGGAGCCUGGCCUGGCGACCAUUUCUACCGUCACAGUGCUCGAAAAGGCGGCGGGGAAGCAACCAUCCAGCUGGGGCAAGGAGCCCGCCAUCGAGACCACCGGCACCUUCCCUCCCCUGCCCCGGCCCUACGUGCGGCAGGAGGGACCCGGCACGCCGGGCCACGGCUGGGCGGCAGCGGAGCCAUGCCAGGGCCCCGGCGGGAGCAGGGAGACCGUCCAGUAUGCGCGGGUGGUGGGCGACGGGUACAAGGGCCAGCAGCAGGCCCGGCCUCGCCUCUACCUGCGCUCCAGCUCCACCCAGCCCCUGCUCCUCGACCCCAGCCCCAGCCCCAAGCCCUACGAGAACCUGUGGUUCCACGGGGCCGCCCCGCCGGCUUGCAGUCCCUUUAUUCAGACAGCCAGAUGCUACGCCAGACCUGUGAGAAGAAAGAGGAAAGACAUCCCCAGCCAUUUGGAUGAUCUUCCUCCCACAAUGCUGAAGAAAGAUUAUGCCAACGUCCCAAUAAUAAAUAGUGUUGACGAUGUAGUGAAAAGACUGUUGUCACUGGAAAUGGCAAGCCAGAAGGAGAAGAUGAAAAUAAAGACACAGCAGCUGGUGGAGAAGGUCAGGAGGUCUCCCAGCGACAAUGGCUCCUUUGAGGUGCAAGUUGCUAUGUUGACUGCCAAGAUACGCACUUAUGAGGAACAUCUUCAGAGGCAUCCCAAGGAUAAAAAUAACCGUCGUCGCAUGCUGAUGGCUGUAGAUCGCCGGAAGAAGCUACUUGCAUAUCUUCGCCGUGUCCGCUACGAUACCUUUGAAAACACCUGCAAGCAGCUGAAUAUCCAGUACACCCUGCCCCCUCCCUACACCAGAAGGGUCACCAAGCGCUGGCUCGUGAAGAAGGCUUUCUGUCUCAAGGUUUUCCAGGAGGCGCGGAAGCUGAAAGCACCGGAGAGGCUAAAGCAGAGAAGAGAGAGGCAAGCAAGAAGGAGAGCUGCAAAGGAGAAAGAGGCGCAGCGUGAGGGGACGCCCGUGUAG